AUGGCGGACGACGCUUCACACGACGGGGGUCACACCCUUGCAGACAGGGCCCUCAGAGCCUUCUCCAGCAGUAGAAAGAGAGGUUCCGGCACACAGCCGUGGGAGACGUUGGAGCUUGUCACGCGCGAUGACGAUGACGAUGACGAGUUUAGUGAGGACCAGGAGCCAGCGGGUCUGCAGUCAAAGUCAUCUGAGGGCGGAGGCGAAGGCGACGGCACCGGCACCGGCACCGGCACCGGCUUAGGUUCUGAGGGUGGAGACGACGCUGAUGAGGGCUCCGAGGAUGGGAGCGGAGAUAGCUCUGGUUCCGGCUCCGGCUCAUAUUUAGAUAGUGGUACUGAUGGCGACCGCUCAGAGUCCGCUCAGCCGCGGAAGAGGACGAAGAGGGCCUCCCGAUCCUGA